AUGGCUGCUCUGUACGGCGGCGUGGAGGGAGGGGGCACCCAUUCCAAGGUGGUCCUCCUGUCUCAGGAUGGCAAGAUCCUGGCGGAGAGUGAGGGGCUCUGCACCAACCACUGGCUGGUUGGCUCAGACAAAUGCCUGGAACGGAUAGAGGCCAUGGUCCGCGAAGCCAAAGGGAAGGCGGGUGCCAACGAAGAGGUUCCACUGCGCUCCUUGGGUCUCUCCCUGAGCGGAGGGGAGCAGAAAGAAGCCAUCCAGAAGCUGAUAGAGGAACUGCAAACACGCUUCCCCUGCCUCAGCGAGAAUUACUACAUCACCUCCGAUGCCAUCGGGGCCAUGGCCACGGCUACCGACCACGGGGGCGUGGUGCUCAUCUCUGGAACAGGCUCCACCUGCAAGCUUAUCAACCCUGAUGGCUCUCAGAUCAGCUGCGGGGGAUGGGGGCACAUGAUGGGAGAUGAGGGGUCAGCGUACUGGAUCGCCCACCAGGCAGUGAAGAUAGUCUUUGACGGCUUGGAUAACCUUGAAGUGCCACCCCACGACAUCAGCUACGUCAAGCAAGCCAUGUUUGACUAUUUCCAGGUCUCUGACAGGAUGGGGCUUCUGACGCAUCUCUACAGGACCUUUGAGAAGUCCAAGUUUGCAGGAUUUUGCCAGAGGCUGGCAGAAGGAGCCCAGGCCGGGGACCCCUUGUGCGGGUUUAUUUUCAACAAGGCAGGGGCAGUCUUGGCACGACACGUCGUAGCUGUACUGCCAAAAAUUGACAAGAGCCUCUUCCAAGGCAAGCUGGGGCUGCCCAUUCUGUGCGUGGGAUCGGUGUGGAACAGCUGGGAGAAGAUGAAAGACGGGUUCAUCAGUGUCCUGAGCGAGCACCGUUGCGGCGCCUUCUCCAGAUUCAGCCUCUUGAAGUUGAGGCAGUCCUCUGCCCUGGGAGGAGCGAGCCUGGGGGCCAAGCACAUUGGGCAAGCCGUGCCCUUGGACUACACCGCCAACGUGGACGUCUUCUACAUGCACUCCUUCUCCUAGGGGCACUCGUGGGAGG